GCCCCUUGUCGGGGUGCUUGUUUGGCUGCUGCCGUCACCUCAUGGCGACUCGGCUGGAGGAGGCAACGCGGAGAAGAGACGGAGGCGCUGAGGAGGCGACUGAGGCUGGACGGGGAGGACGGCGACGCAGUCCGCGGCAGAAGUUUGUGAUUGACACAAUGGAAGAAGCUGGAAUCUGCGGGUUAGGGGCGAAGGCAGAUAAGUUGCACAACUCUCAAGCAAAUGACAUUCUUCAACAUCAAGACUCCCACUGUGAUGGCAGAAGUACCGAACACUCACUGGAAGAAGAUGCAGGCAGCACCUUCCUAACAAACAACAGGAAUUUAGUGAGCCCAGCAUACUGCACACAAGAGUCCCGAGAGGAAACUCCUGGGCGAGAAGCUCGCACUGACCCCCCUGACGGGCAGCAAGAUUCCGAGUGCAGCCGGAACAAGGAGAAAACACUAGGAAAAGAAGUUUUAUUACUGAUGCAAGCCCUAAACACCCUUUCGACUCCAGAGGAGAAGCUGGCAGCUCUCUGUAAGAAAUAUGCCGAUCUUCUGGAGGAGAGCAGGAAUGUUCAGAAGCAAAUGAAAAGUCUGCAGAAAAAGCAAGCCCAGAUAGUGAAAGAGAAGGUCCACUUGCAGAGCGAACACAGCAAGGCCAUCUUGGCGAGAAGCAAACUCGAGUCUCUUUGCAGGGAACUUCAGCGCCACAAUAAGACAUUAAAGGAAGAAAACAUGCAGCAAGCACGAGAGGAAGAAGAAAGACGGAAGGAAGCAACAGCACAUUUCCAAAUCACGUUAAAUGAAAUUCAAGCCCAGCUGGAGCAGCAUGACGUACACAAUGCCAAACUCCGCCAGGAGAACAUUGAGCUGGGGGAGAAGCUCAAGAAGCUCAUUGAGCAGUACGCACUGAGGGAAGAGCAUAUUGAUAAAGUGUUCAAACAUAAGGAGCUACAGCAACAGCUUGUGGAUGCCAAACUUCAACAGACAACACAGCUCAUAAAAGAAGCGGAUGAAAAACAUCAGAGAGAGAGAGAGUUUUUAUUAAAAGAGGCAACUGAAUCAAGGCACAAAUACGAACAAAUGAAACAGCAGGAAGUCCAACUGAAGCAGCAGCUUUCUCUGUAUAUGGAUAAGUUUGAAGAAUUCCAGACUACCAUGGCAAAAAGCAAUGAACUGUUUACCACCUUCAGGCAGGAAAUGGAAAAGAUGACAAAGAAAAUUAAAAAACUGGAAAAAGAAACACUAGUGUGGCGGACCAAAUGGGAAAACAAUAAUAAAGCGCUUCUGCAAAUGGCUGAAGAGAAAACGAUCCGUGAUAAAGAAUAUAAGGCCUUCCAAAUAAAACUAGAGCGCUUAGAGAAGCUGUGCAGAGCUCUUCAGACUGAAAGAAAUGAGCUCAACGAGAAGGUGGAAGUACUCAAGGAGCAGGGCUCUGUCCGCGGAGCAGAGGUGGACUUAGUGCCGCAGGCGUCCCAGCCCUGUACUACCCUGGAGUCCCCCCAGGAGCCCAGCCUCGCCACUGCGGGGGCUCCCACAGCCCCCCUGGGGCCAGAGCCUGCGGCUGCCCGAGAGACCCUGGGUGCUGGCCCUGUACCAGGCACCGAAUCCGUUGACUAA